GCUCGAGCCAUUGGGUCCAGGCGCCGAGCGGGCACGCCGUGGCGCCGCGCCGACCGUCCCCGCCGACGCACGGCCCCUCCUCGGAGCACCCCGCGGCGAACCUUGCGGCGCUCCGAGCCGAGCGCGAAGGCGCGCGCCAAGGCGCGCCGAGCGGGCCUAUCGGGUCCGCGGGCGCCUUUCCCUGCGGAGCUCGCGCCGUCUCCGCCCUGCCCAGCGCGCCCGCGCAUUGCAGCGGGCCUCCGGGACGCCAUGGAGAGCGCUGCAGGCGCCGAGGGGGGCCGGCCCGCGCCGCUGCGCGUGAGGGUGGCGGGAGGCGGGCCCGCGGGCCUGGGCUGCGCCAUCGGGCUGGCGCGCCAGGGGCACGAGGUGGACGUCUUCGAGCGGCUGGACGCGCCGCUGGUGCGCGGCCUCGUCUCGGGGAGCAGACAGUGA